UCUGGUCAAUCCACCCUGCUCCUUGAAAUUGCGCGAAGAAGUCAUGGCUGCUGCCUGUGAUGAACAGUGCCGCAUACCCAACGAACAGUUUCUCUGCCGACAGCCUUGCGUGAUGUGGGAGGCUGCAGACGAUGGCGUCGCUGACCAUCAAGCUUGCCUCUAUACGUCCAUGUUCAGCUCAGCCUCGGGCGGAGGCUAUCCCUAGUCUCCGGGCUGCCAACCAUAUCGUCGACUUCAUUGCCAUCAGAGUGAUUUCUACUUCCUUCCAGUACCCUGGCCCUCUAGCAAUUUCCAAAUGAAGCUUGAUUCUGACAAGAAGUUUGGCGAUCUGUAUCCUAGUAUCGAAGCUCUUCAAAUAGCCUUGACAGAGCUCGAGACAAAAUACAAGGAAACGGUUUCCGAUACACAGAUUCCUCUUCGAUUUCUCACUCUACGCGACAGUCCGCCGUUAGAGCCUCUGGGAAACACAGUCCAUCUACGUCUUACCCAGAGAGCGGAAUACGAUCCCGAUUGGGAAUAUGUUGCUGUAUCAUACACUUGGGCACAACCUGAGAGUCUCGCCGCUCAAUUCAACACGCCAGAGUUCAAGAUCUGGAUCGACGACAUGGAAGCCCGUCCGCCACGUUGCCCUCAAUCUGUUCUUCACCGGGCAUUGCAAUACGACAUCCAGGGAACCAAGACUGGUCGCCUCUGGAUAGACCAAGAGUGUAUCGAUCAAGACGAUUCGAUAGAUCGCGAUGAACAUAUCGCGCACAUGCAUAGAAUUUAUGAGCGGUCCAAAUGCACCGCUGUCGUUCUGUCGCAAAGUUUGAGCCUAAGCCACGCGACCUUGUUGCAGCGCUGCAUUGAGGCCCAUGAAAGAGACACGCGGGAACAAACUUCCAAUCAAGGUGAUCAGCAGGAAGAUUGCAUUGAUCCCGUCAUGAGUUUUAACCAAGCCGCGAUGAAUCGCCUGGUCCUACACUACAGAAACAAUUACCUGGAAAGCAUUCUCCAAGAAGAGCUCCGAGAGGCAGGCACCAUUGAUUCUCCGCUACACGCAAUAUUCAAGAGGCUAGUCGAAGAUACAUAUUUUACACGUGCCUGGACAUAUCAAGAGCAACGUUGUUCCAAGACUUCGUGCUAUCUGAUCCCUAUCCUACCAGAUCAGCCAUCUAAUGAGGUCACCACUGGACGAGAGCGAACAAGUAUCUUUAUGCCUAGCACCCUUCCUCCAAGUAUUGAUAGAUGGUGUUGGAGGCGUUUGCGCAGUCUGGAUCUGUCUGGGUUAUUAACUAACAAUUUCCGUUCUCAUAACCGCGGUGCGCGUGCUCCCGGUGUACCUGUCGUCAAGGAAAGAGGUUUGAAUGACGUGGAAACCGUGAGGGACAGAGAUUACGUGAUUAUGGAAACUGUUAGGGGCAUGAACACGCGAAAUUGCAAGUACGUGUCAGACCGUGUAACAAUGGUGGCGAAUAUAUGCGAGUUUGGCAUCACCCUUCGCACAACCCAGUUUCAGGACGAUGAAGCAGUGAGCUACAGUACGUGUGUUUUGGCACUUCUUGUCAUGAAUCGGAUAUUCAAGAGGUCAUGGGCAUCCAUCAUGGAAAUGAAAAUCGAUGUUGUGCUCCUCACCUUUUGAGCUGGAUAGAUACUUUGAAGGAGACUUGAACGUCAACGCUCAAGGAGGCUAUCGCUGAAGCAUUUCUCUCACAGCGUGCACACACUGAUGACGUCUCACUA